CAAGAGUUUAUAGACCUGGGCCUAACGGCGUCCAGGAACAUGAGAGCUUUGAGGAGCAUCUUGAAUGAGACUGUCGCUAUGCCGAAGAAUUCCAAUAAAGUACCAUUCUCGAAGCUGCCAUUACCGCCUUCUUCACAUCUCCUAACACACAACCUCACGCCAGACCCACGCACUCCAGACCCUGCGACGUUUUUCUCCGAUGUACUUGCCAGGACACCGAGCGUCCAGCGCCGUGCGAGACUUUUGUCUCCAGAAGCACAUUUUUCGUACGUGAACCCGAUGCCUCUCGAGUUUCCGUACGAAAUUGCACCGCCGGACCCGCCUGAGGUCGUCACAGACAAAGCCGAGUACAUCGAGCAGUGGCUGAGUGACCAUGAAGCAAAGAUCCCAGCGGAAGCCUCGUCUGCACUGUCCGGCAACUUCCACUUGCAUAAAUACGUCUCCAAGUCGCGAAACUACCGGAGAGAGCUCAUCGCAUUGUCCGAGACGUGCGUUAACGAUUGUCUGCCGCUGUUAGACUGUGGGGACGCAUUUGACACUCUGAAACCCACUUUCGUGCCUUCCAAGUUGGACAAUGAAAAGGUCUCGUCAUCUGUCGAGGCUCGGAAUGCCCGUCAGGAGCUUGUAGAUAUUCUUGGCGGUCAUGUCUCUCUUAUGUCCCCUGACGGAUCAGACCAAUUAGGCGGGAAAGGAUGCGCUCCUUGGUCUCUUAGGUACAGCGGUCACCAGUUUGGCGACUGGGCAGGCCAACUCGGUGACGGACGAGCUAUCUCAAUCCUCGUCACGCCUCACCCAUCUGACCCUGACACAACAUAUGAGGUUCAGCUGAAGGGAGCUGGCCGCACGCCGUUCUCCCGGAGUGCUGAUGGCCUUGCCGUCCUUCGCUCGUCUAUUCGUGAGUACUUAUGCUCAGAAGCCAUGCAUGCAUUGGGCAUUCCCACUACUCGGUCUCUUGCUUUGGUGUAUCUACCUGAACUGCCCGUCAUACGCGAACGAGUCGAGAAAGCAUGUGUGACGACGAGAGUCGCGGAAACUUUCAUUCGGAUAGGAAACUUUGAAGCACUCUCUCCUCCCUCACGGGCAAUGUUUUUCUUUGGUGGAGGGCAGCAACAUGCAGACUACGAAGCUCUUCGCAUCCUUGGAGAAUGGACCGUCAAGCGCAUUCUUAAACUGGGCAAUGUCGAUCUAGACGCUGGUGACGCAUGGGGGAAGGAGCUGGUCUUUGAAGUGGCCCGGAGAAAUGCUAAGAUGGUCGCAGCAUGGCAGGCGUACGGCUUCAUGCACGGCGUCAUCAAUACAGACAAUGUAUCAAUUGCUGGACUUACGAUAGACUAUGGACCGUACGCGUUUAUGGAUGUUUUUGACCCCCAUCACAUAUGCAACCACUCCGACCAAGAAGGCCGGUAUGCUUACAAUCAACAACCUAACAUGAUUGGCUAUGCUUGCCGUGCCCUGCUUAACGCGCUCGCCCCUCUGAUUGGCGCUGAAAUUGCCCAUGGUAACAAAGCGGUACAGAAGGGCUGGGCCGACAACGUCAAUGACGAGACCAUCUCAGAAUGGCGCACCGCGGGGAUAGAGGAGGUUGGGUCUACGAUGAACCAAAUCAUCGAGUCAACUUACACCAUCGAAUAUGGCGUGACCCUCCGCCGGCGUCUCGCACUUCGUCGCGAAGAUCCCUCGGAUCAGCGCACGAUCUUCCAACCCCUGUUGGAUAUGAUGGAAAACCAGAGACUAGAUUUCCAUGGCACAUUCAGAAAGCUGGCAUUCUUCCGGCCGAGGAUGCUCCGUGGGGAGGACAAUAGUGGCACAAUAACUCUGGAAGCAUUUAUUGCAGAACUGCUCAGGGGAGCACCGGAGUCGGAACGCCUAGACACGGGUAAGGCAACAGAAGAAUGGCUCGCAUGGCUUGACACCUAUGCCGCUCGCAUCGAAUAUGAGAAAACCGGCGAAGAGUGGGCUAGGGAAGAUUUCGACGAGGCGCGGGGAAGGGCUGCGAUAGCUGCAAACCCUCGCUUUGUGCUCAGGCAGUGGUUGCUUGAAGAGGUCAUCAAGAAGGUCGAGGCAGACCCCACGACCGGGAGGCACAUUCUUGCAAAAGUCAUGCAGAUGGCGUGUUCUCCGUUCAAACCGUGGGGGCGCGAGGGCGACGUGUCAGACAACGAACUCAGCGAAGAGGAGAGGGAGGAGCGGCGGUACUGCGGUCUCGGAGAUAGGAGGAUGCUUGGGUUUCAAUGCAGCUGUUCUAGCUAAACGGCCUUCGUUACUCGCCUCACUCUCAAGUUAUGCUCCGAUUAUCUACUGAGCCUUCGGGAUCUUAGAUGAUUAGAGUGCAUGAUCGGUUCUCAUAAAGACGGAGAUGGCAUCCAACAGUCUCGAGAUCAGGAAAUCUCCAGUUCUACCAGAGUGCCCAGUGAAUAGCGAGUCGAAUGCGACCAUUUAAAUAGGAGCGACCGUGCAUAGGGAAAGCA